UUCACUUGCCAACUCCAAAGCUAAAGAAAACCAAACAAAACCACUCUGCACUUAUCUCUUCUUACCAAUACCACCACUCUCUAUAUUCUCUGUUUCCCCUGUUUCCUCUGUUUCUCAUGAUCAUGACAACAUUUGAGCCAAACUCUCUCUCCUCACGAACCUCUCCCCCUGACCUAAUCACCUUCGCCUUUGCUCUGUUCCCAUUCCCUCUCCCUUUUGAGUGAAACCCCAUAAACCCACUUCAAUAUUCAACCCAAUUCCCCUGAAAAUGGAUUCAAUCAACAUCGUAAACCUCAAAAUCGAGAAGACCAAGGCUAAUUUAAGGUACCGAAGGAUCACCGCUCUGUUCCGGAUCGUCGAGUUUUUCGUCCUUCUGUUAAUGAUUUCAAGAUUCUCCCUUCCAUUCCCCUGCUCGUUUAAAUUCUCGAGUGAGUUCUUCCGUCCCCUGUUUAGUCCUCAAUUCGUGUUCGUGAUCGGAAACGCGAUUGUCGUCAUCCUUGUAGUGAAAUCAGGACGGCUUUGCUCUGGAAAUAGAGCGACUACUGAUUUCUGUGAAGAGUAUGUUGAGAACAGUGUAAAGAAUCAUAUUGUUCACGAAAUCGAGAGCGAGAAUCAGAAGAAAGAGGAUAAAAUCAUUGAGGAUAAUGUUAAUUACGGGGAAAGGAGGAGGAUUGAAAGGACUCACUCUGAAAAUUUAGGCAGGGUUGGUGGUGAGAAGGAGAAAAUGAAACACCAAUUAAGGCGGACGGUGACGGAAGGUCGCCGAAAAAGCACAUCGGCGGAGGUGGGUUCUUCUCCGGCGGAGAAAAUGAGUAACGAGGAGUUCCGGCGGAAGGUGGAGGAUUUCAUUGCUAGGCAGCAGAAGUCUCUCAGGGAAGAAGAAGAGUUUUCAGCCAUUGUUAGCAGCUACUAAGCUCAAGCAAUCCUCUGUUUUACUCUGUUUCCAACUUCUUCCUUUCGUAUGUAUUUUUCUUUUCUCCUGUUUGGAAUUUGGCGGUGUAAGUGGCAGUAGUACAGUUAAAGAAAGUGCUUGGAUAAUUGUAUGGCAGUGGAAAAUAAACUUGUUUGAAUUUUUUUUGGUACUUCGGAAUAUUUAUAAAUAAAUUUGUUUGAUGGGUUGACAAGUGAGUUAAAA